GGAAGGUGCCUAUGCUGCUGAGCUAAAUCCCCAGUCGCAGAAUCAAUGUAUUUUUAAAAGUUUAUCCUUACUAGACAUCUAAGAUAUAAAAACUAAGUACUUUUUUGGAUGGGGUUGCUUGGUAUUCACCCCAGGAUUUGUUAUAUUUUUAAGGGUUGGGGGUGCUUGGUACCUUUUUCUAGGCCUUGGAUAUGUUAGGUACACAUUCUACUAAUGAAUUGCACCCCAGCACUUAAAUACCGAUUUCUUUAAUUAAAAUGGCCUUAUUUUCAAGGUGUUUGUUUUGGGAAAGAUAGGAUUGUUCAUUUAUCAGAGGCGGUUUUUACGUAUUUGCAGACUAGUUGCAGGGCAUUUUAAAGUGCGGGUGGAGUAUACUAUUUUAGAUCUGGGUCUCAGGGAAUGAAAGAUACUGAUGUUAGGAAAAAAUAGGCUAACUAUUAAUGUAGGCUUAGUUUAGGGCCACUGAUGGGCUGUAGUCAUUCAUUCAUUCCUGUUUUGUAGUAUUUGACAUUGAACCAGGGCCUUCACAUUGAACUACAUCUCCCCAGCUUUUUGUUUUCUUUUGAGUACAGGGUCUUGCUAAGUCAUCAGCUUUCCCAGGUAGGACUUAAACUUGUGGUCCUACUGCCUCAGCCUCACAGAGUACUGGAAUUAUAAAUGUGUGCCGCUAUGCCUGGCCCCAGUGGUAUACUUUGAUUCAAAAAAAGUUGCUGUUACCCAGCAUUCAGAUUCUAAUCUGAGACUACCAUCUUUUCAGAGCUUGUUUUCCUUUUACUGCAUUUAUUUAUCAUGCUAAUGAUCCUUUUGCAGCGAUAAUGGAACUUCCAAGUGUCAUAUGCAGUAUCCACUGUGAAAGUGCAUUUAAGGCCCUCUUAUAUACUGAGGUGCUAAGGUGUGGACACUAUUUAUGAGGAAAUAUUAUUCAGGGUGUAAUUAGCAGUGACCAUAAGAGCAGGCAUAAACUGGAAUGACAAAAUUGGCCAUUAAGUAGUCCAGUACAGGUCACAAAUGCUGAAAUUUGUGUAAUUAUCCACCCACAUAGACUGAAAAGCCUUGUGAAAAGUGUUAAAGCAAUGCAGAAAUGACAGUAACUCUCUCUCUGCUUUGUGAGAUUACUUUAAAUGUGUGCAGUGUAUAUUAAAAUCCAAAAACAGGUAUUCAUUUGUUCCUUGUAUGUGGCUUCUCUUUCUUUAGAAUUGCUCAGUGAGCUGUUCAGAGUUUUAGAUACAUUUGUUACUAGUUAAUGAAGGCUUCAAUUAAGAAAGGCCACAGCUGAACAGAUGCGUCUUGCUCAAGUGAUCUUUGAUAAGAAUGAUUCCGAUUUUGAAGCUAAAGUAAAACAGCUUAUGGAAGUGACGGGGAAAAAUCAGGAUGAAUGCAUCGUGGCCCUACAUGACUGUAAUGGAGACAUCAACAAAGCUAUUAAUAUAUUACUGGAAGGGAGUUCAGACACAACUUCGUGGGAAACUGUCGGGGGGAAGAAAAAGAACUUUGGAAAAGAAAGUUCGGAAAACAAAGAGAAUAGAGAGAAGAGAAGCGAAAGAGAAGCAAUUCGUGGACGUGGUAACCGGAAAGGAAGAGGAAGUAAUCGUGGUAGAGAGAUUAGAGGGGAAGAGAAUGGACUUGAUUGUAAUCAGCGAGACAAAACUGCAGACCUGGGCAAGCGAGCCCGUGUUCGAGGUUUUGGACGAGGAAGAGGAAGAGGGACAGGAAGGUUCUCAGCCCAAAGCAUGGGCACAUUUAAUCCUGCAGACUAUUCAGAUUCUACAAAAGUAGUAGUUUGGGAAGCUGCUCAGAAUGGUGCAAAUGAAGGAUCAGAACUGGCAAUACAUGGUCACAACACAACCCCAGAUCUGCCAAACAAAAGUUCCUAUGGAGUUAAAGGUGCCUGGAAAAAUUCUGUGGAGGAGUGGACAACAGAAGACUGGACGGAAGAUCUUUCUGAAACAAAAGUCUUUACUGCCUCAUGUGUUCCAGCAGAGAAUGAUGUCACGCCUAGGCAAAGCAUUGACCUAGUAUCCUUGCUACAGAAGCCUGUUCCUCCAAGUCAAGUGUCAGAAGUCAGCUCCUUUGAAACCUGCCAACAGCAGGGCUUUGGCCAGGCCCUUGUCUUUACAAAUUCUCAACACAAUAGUCAGAUGGCGCCGGGGCCCAGCAGCUCCCCUGCUCCCAAUUCGUACUCUCCUCAACGCCUGUCAUCUGUCCUUGGCUCAGGAUUUGGAGAGCUUACACCAUCAAAAUUGGCAAAUAUUCCCAGCUCCCAGGUUUUGGACCUAAAAGCUCCAAGUUUGGGCCAGUUUUCCACCUCCCCAGCCUCACAGCAGAAUAGUUCCUCAACAACUACUACUGCUUGGGACCUCAAGCCCUCAACACCCCAACCUGCAGUCCUCAGUCACUUUGACUUCAAACCUCAGCCUGAGCCGUCCACUGUUCUUAGCCAGUUGAGUCAGCGUCAGCAGCACCAGACCCAAGCAGCCAGAGUUCCUCUUCCUGGCUCAGAGGCCUUUCCUUCCCAAGCACAGCACCGAGAAUCAGCACCCAGGGACAGUGCUUCCACUAUGGACAAACUUUUGCAGCUUCCCAACAUGGCUGUUGAAAAUAGCGCUGUAUCUGCCCACCAACCACAACACAAACACAUCAAACUCCCUAAGCGGCGGAUACCUCCAGCGUCUAAGAUUCCAGCUUCUGCAGUGGAAAUGCCUGGUUCAGCAGAUGUCAUAGGAUUAAAUGUUCAGUUUGGAGCCCUCGAGUUUGGAUCAGAAUCCUUUCUUUCUGAGUUUGGAUCAGUUCCAGGUGGUGAAAAUAGUAAUCAGAUUCCCAUCAGCUUGUAUUCGAAGACUUUAAGUGAUCCUUCGAGUAACUCUCUACCAAUGACCAGUGCUGUACAGAACUCCAGCUGUACAGCUCCAACCAUUACCUCCUCCAGUAUGAGCAGUCCAUCCCUGAGCUCUGCUAGCCCUGUGGCAACACCUUCCUGUUAUGACCAGAGUUCUGUGCACAGCAGGCUCACAUACCAAAGCUCCAUGAGUCCACCAGCAUCGGCUGCAGGGACCGUCAUGAAUGGACAUGGUGGUGGUCGAAAUCAGCAGACGCUGGAUACUGCUUCAUCUGCUCCAGCUCCAAAGAUGACAGACCCUCCCUCCGCCCUCCCAUCUGUGGGCUCCCUGCCCAGCACCACCUCCUGCACUGCGCUUCUGCCCUCUGUGUCCCAGCAUACUGCUGCUUUGCCCUCCUUGUCUCAGCCUGGUGACCUGUCCAGCAGCCCCCUCUCUCAGCUUAGCAGUUCACUGUCCGGCCACCAGAGCAGCCUCUCCUCUGCACAUGCAGCAGUCCCCUCAAGCACACCACACACACAUGCCAAUGUGGAGAGCCCCUCUUCCAUCCAGUCCUCAGCGACCUUUUCCACGGCAGCACCCUCCUCUUCGAGCGCCCCUUCCUCAAGCGUCACCCCACCUGGCAACGUGAGCACCUCAAGCAGCCUCUGCGUGGGUGGGACCACUGUGAGCGCACCCAGCAGCACUGGCAGGACUGCACCUUUGGUGACGUCAGGCAAAGCACCUCCAAACCUGCCUCAAGGGGUACCUCCUCUGCUGCACAACCAGUACCUCGUGGGCCCUGGAGGAUUGCUUCCUGCCUACCCGAUUUAUGGCUAUGAUGAGCUUCAGAUGCUGCAGUCACGGCUGCCUAUGGACUACUACGGAAUUCCUUUUGCUGCACCCACAGCCCUGGCCAGCCGAGAUGGGAGCUUGGCUAACAAUCCAUAUUCAGGUGAUGUCACAAAGUUUGGCAGAGGUGAUUCUGCGUCUCCUGCUCCUCCCACCACCCUAGCUCAGCCCCCGCAGAGCCAAUCCCAGACCCACCACACAGCUCAGCAGCCCUUUUUGAAUCCCGCGCUGCCACCUGGCUACAGCUACACAGGCCUUCCCUAUUACACGGGUGUACCCAGUGCCUUCCAGUAUGGGCCCACCAUGUUUGUCCCUCCAGCCUCAGCCAAACAGCAUGGUGUGAGCCUCAGCACCCCCACCACCCCCUUUCAGCAGGCCAGUGGCUAUGGCCAGCAAAGCUACAGCACAGGUUAUGAUGACCUGACCCAGGGGACAGCAGCGGGUGACUACACGAAGGGUGGCUAUGCUGGAUCAUCACAGGCACCAAGCAAGUCUGCUGGCUCUGGGCCUGUCAAAGGAGCAUCCGUGUCUUCAGGUGCCACGGGCCUCCCGGACAUGACUGCUGCUGUCUACAGCAAGACACAGGCUUUUGACAAGCAGGGAUUUCCUGCAGGGACUCCACCACCUUUCAGCCUGCCCUCAGCCCUGGGCUCUGCUGGCCCCUUAGCCCCUGGAGCAGCCCCUGGCUACGCACCUGCACCUUUCCUGCACAUCCUGCCAGCCCACCAGCAGCCCCAUUCACAGCUGCUGCACCACCACCUCCCACAGGACACUCCAAGCGGCGCAGGACAGCGCAGCCAGCCCAGCUCCCUACAGCCCAAGGCUCAAGCCUCCAAACCCACCUACGGCAACUCUCCAUACUGGACAAACUAGACUGCAGAGCGAGGGGUGGGCUCUGAGCAGGGCUCACCUUGGGCAGGAGAGCGAGCACGGGGAGUGCGUUUCUGGGAGCCUAGGGCUGUUCCUAGAUCCUGAGGCUCUGUGGGGAGCCUCCUUCUGGGACCCGGAGCCUGCUGUGUAUGUAGUGUAUUUAUGUAUGUACUGUAAAUGAGAUGAGCCAAGUCUGCUCUCCCCACCCAGACCUCUCUCACUGUAGCCAAAUAAGCCCGUGCCCUUUGGCCUUGGAUCUCCCUUGGCAAGGCAGUUUGGGCUUCGGGGUCAGGUACCAAUGAAGACUCCCAACCGAUUUGUCCUCUUUCCUUUGUAACUAUUUUAUAUCUGUUUUUGAGAAACUGGUCCUUUUGGUAUGUCAUGGUUCCCCUUCCAAAUCUUGAUCUGAGAAUAGCAGAUGAUCACCUGCCCAACAAGAAUCUGGGCUGAUGUUUGUCCUCAGAGAGCCAGGGCUUCUGCAUCUGGUCCUGUCCUUAGAGAUUGGUUUAAAUGGUUGGUGAAAGGGCGACAAUCUGAACCAGGUCUCAGAAAAAUACGCCAGUGAGCUCCCCUUUAAAAAUCAAAGAUCUGCCUCCACUUCAGUGUAAGCCCAUCUCCAAAAAGGGUCCUCUACUCCCGGUGCCCCGGACGGAGUGGGCAGCUGUCCCAGGGGUUUCUCUUGCCCAGACUCCACCUAAUAAAAAUUCUGAGAGCA